AUGCCGAAGUCAUCUGGAGAUGGAACAGCUUCUGCUCAUCCUGCACAGCUCGAGGUAGUACUUCAAACUAUGCUUCAACAGUUGCAAUUUCAGCAUGAAGAGAUGAAAAUGCUGUUCGCCUCGUUAGCGCCUACCAAGGAUGGCAUGGUGGAUAACCAGAAGCUGCUAUAUGACCAAUUGAACAAGGACGUAGAAAAGUUCGUAUAUGAUGAGGAGUCUGGAUAUACAUUUGACUACUGGUACAGAAGGUAUGGACAUAUUAUUGAAGCAUCAAGUAUUCCAGAAGAUAAAAAGAGAGAUUUUAUCUUGCUGAAACUUGAAGACAGCGCCUACCGUAAGUAUGCAGAUGAUGUUCUACCUUCACAACCGCACGAGAUCGAUUUCGCAACAACAGUGAGGAAACUUCAAAAAUUAUUUGCAUCCAAGAAAACGUUGAUACGUCGCCGAUACGAGUGUUUGAGGAUAUCAUGCCCAGCACUUACUUCGGACUACGUACCAUUCCGAGAUUAUGCGAACACGAUCAAAAGGAUGGAUGAAGAAGCUUCACUGAAGGAAAUGGAUUACACAGCACUGAAGACACUGCAGUUUGUGGCAGGACUUCAGGAUCCUUCUCUGCGAGAAGUACGUCUCAGAAUGCUUCGUCGACUCGAUACGCAAGCAGAAGACGCGCCAUUGACGAUUGAAGAUCUCGUUGCAGAAUGCGAAAAUUUCACUGCCCUGAAGAUGGAUAACGCAAAUAUGGGAACAAGCCACGAUGUUCAUGCCGUGCAGAAAAAGAAAGUGAAAUGUUUCAAAUGUGGAGGCCCACAUUACAGGAAUGUUUGUCCACUUCUCGCCAAUAUGCCAAAGAUGUCCAACCAGAUCCCGAAGAAACCCAGAAGGCAGCAUAAUCGUCGCUUCUCCGUGAAGGACCGCACUACUGGAAAACAGUUCCGAGGAAAUGGUUAUUGCUACGUCACAGAGAGCACAAAUCUACUCGGUCUGGAAUGGUGUGUCCAACUCCCCGCUUACAAGGAGUUACAAGAGAAGUACCACUGCCGAAUGCUUUCACCAGCAGAACUGUUUCUUGGACGUCAAAUAAGAACUACGCUGACGUUACUGGAGGAAACAACCGAAGGUGGAAAAGGACCAAGAAAUGCAAAAAUGGAAACGCAAUUCAACCGUCAUCACGGAGCACGAGAAAGAUCGUACAAGAUCGGAGAACCAGUUUGGAUUCGAGACUACCGCCCUGGACACAAGCCAUGGAUUAUGGCACACGUGAAGAGUCGUGUUGGACGAGUUCUGUACGACGUUCUGACGGAACAAGGUCAACUGUGGAGAAGACAUGCGAAUCAGAUGCGGGCCAGACCAAAAGAAAAUGCCACUGAUGAGGAAAUACCAACAACUGAUGAACAUUUGUGGAGCGAAGAUCGAGAGCAUGGAUCGAAGAGAAGCUCAACAUAA